AUGUCAGGAACUUCUACGGAAGAUGUGAAAUGGGAAAAGGAGUCGAUCCGAGAAGUGGCAGAGAGUCCUAAUAUACCGAUAUCUGGAGGCGACGGCCAUCGCGAUGGCCUUUUUCAGCGAAUUGUGGAUUCAUUCAAAAGAGUUGAAGGGGAGGUUCGAAACAGCUCUGACCUCGAAGAUGGAGAGGUAACAUCAGCUCACAGUACAAAGUUAAAACAGAAUAUGAAAACAAGACAUGUAGUGCUCAUGUCGCUAGGUACUGGUAUUGGUACUGGUUUAUUAGUUGCUAAUGCGAGUUCUUUGCACUUUGGUGGCCCCGGUGGCUUGUUAAUUGGUUAUUUUUUCGUUUCCAUAAUUUCUUACAUCAUGAUGCAAGCGGCAGGUGAAAUGGCUGUUGCUUACCCAACCCUGCCAGGUAAUUUCAAUGCAUACUCUUCCAUUUUUAUUUCGAAACCAUUCGGAUUUGCCACUGUAUGGUUGUUCUGCAUCCAGUGGACGACGAUCCUGCCGUUAGAAUUAAUUACAUCUUCCAUUGUGGUUAAGUAUUGGACUACUAAAAUAAAUGCUGACAUAUUCGUUUUAAUUUUCUAUCUCUUUAUCCUCUGCAUUCAUUUCUGUGGCGCCCGUGGAUAUGGCGAGACGGAGUUUAUUUUCAACAGUUGUAAGGUUUUAAUGGUUGCAGGGUUCAUCAUAGUGGGAAUACUCAUUAAUUGCGGCGCUGUUGGCGAUGACGGUUAUAUUGGGGGCAAAUAUUGGCAUGAACCAGGUGCGUUUGCUGCAGGUUCAGGAAUUGAUAGAUUUAAGGGCAUUGCAUAUGUUUUAGUUACUGCAUAUUUCUCAUACGGCGGUAUGGAACUUUAUGCGUUGUCUGUGAAUGAACUUCCAAAUCCAAGGAAGGCAAUUCCAAGUGCAUGUGCUAAAGGGGUAUAUCGUAUUCUCAUUAUUUACAUGUUGACUAUGGUUAUAAUUGGGUUUUUAGUUCCACAUGAUUCUAAUAAAUUAUUGGGAUCGGGGUCAUCUGGUGUCCAUCCUUCACCUUACGUUCUUGCUCUUUCGUUACAUGGCAUCAAGAUUGUUCCACAUAUCAUCAACGCAGUUAUCCUCAUAUCUGUGAUAUCUGUUGGAAACUCUGCCAUGUAUUCUGGUCCAAGAUUGUUGUGUUCCUUAGCCCAACAAGGCUACGCUCCCAAAAUACUUGAUUAUGUUGACAGACAGGGUAGGCCACUAAUGGCUUUAAUUAUUUGUUCAGUUUUUGGAUUGAUUGCAUUUGUUGCUGCUUCAAAAUACGAGGAAGACAUAUUCGGUUGGUUGGCAGCCAUAUCUGGUUUGUCUGAGCUAUUCACCUGGACAGCCAUUUGCUUAUCACAUUUCAGAUUUAGACGUGCAAUGAAACUCCAAGGCCGGUCCCUUGAAACUUUAGGUUACAGGUCAACGACCGGCGAAUGGGGCUCCUUAUACGCGGUUGUAUUCAACGUAUUUGUUUUAAUCGCCCAACUGUGGGUUGCAAUGAUACCGAUGGAUAACGGUGGUAAGUUUAGCGUAAAGUCUCUAUUCAAAUCCUGCCUGGCAUUGCCAUUGUGGUUAUCUAUGGCUGUUGGUUAUAUGAUAGUUACGAAGAACUGGACCAUAUUAAAUCCAUUGAGCUCGAUAUCUGUAGACUCGCAUAGACGCAGUUACGAUGUUGAAGUUAUGAAACAAGAAGACUUAGAGUAUAAACAAAAGAUGAAGCGUAGUAAAUGGUAUGUGAGAAUGUCAUAUACUUGGUGUUGA